CCGUGGAGAUCCAACCUGUAGCUCCUCCGCCCAGCCCAAGAGACGGUUCGCCCACACAUGUCAGUGUUUGAAUGCUUGUUUACCUGCCUCGUGUGUAGCCAUGACUCCUUUCCGCGGAUGUUUCAGUUCGCUGCUGCGCGGCUGAGGCUACCCCCUGCCGAUAUGACGGCACCGGCGGCGAGCUCCUCGGAGGACGCGGAAUGGACCGCCGCGCCGGGAGCAGAACCGGAGGAGGCGGAGGAGCUCUCCUGUCCGGCCCGUUGCUCGGAGCUGUCCCGUCGGCAGAACGAGCAAAGGAAAGCGGGCUUGUUCUGCGACGUGACGCUGGCGUUUGAGGCGGGCGGGGCGUCCGGCCAUGGCGGCCGAAGCUUCGAGUUGUCCGCGCACCGCACGGUUCUGGUCGCCGCGACGGACUUCUUCCUGCCGCGUCUGGAGGCGCGGCCACGGCGAGUGGAGCUCCGCGACUGGAGGACCCGGACGGGCCCCGAGCCGAGCGCCGCGGAGGGCGUCGUGCAGUUCAUGUACACCGGGGAAAUACGGGUCACCGCCGCCAAUGUGCACGACGUGCUGGAACUCGCUGACAGGCUCCUGUUGGUGCAGUUAAAGGACUUCUGUGCGGAGUUCCUGAAGAAGAAGUUGAGGCUGACCAACUGCAUCACGGUGCACAGCCUGGCUCAUAUGUACAACCUGGACGAGCUGACCCUGAGAGCUGUUGAGAUGAUUCGACGAAACUUCCCCAGAGUUAUCCAGGACUUGGAGUUCUACACGCUCCCACUUCACCUAGUGCGGGACUGGCUGUCUGACUCCGAAAUCACUGUGGACUCAGAGGAGGUGCUGUUUGAUACUAUUGUAAAAUGGGUGCAGCGAGACCCACAAGCGCGGAUUACAUACUUUGAAGAGCUGUUCCAGCUCUUAAGGCUCUCUCAAAUCAAGCCAACCUACCUGGCUCAUGUGGUGAAAAAGGAGCCAUUGGUUGCCAACAGUGCAGUUUGCCAGCAGCUAGUGUUCAGUGCUUUAGAAACCCAUGCUGUUGGAUUCGAGAACCUCAAGUCAGCUGGCUUUGACCUCUGUGCCUUGUAUAUGGCGAGCACCCAGCCACGCUUGGGCCAGAACAUGGAUGUGAUCAUGGUCGUGGGUGGUGUGUCAGAGGGUGGAGAUUAUUUGAGUGAGUGUGUGGGUUACAUAGUUUACGAGGACCGUUGGGUCAGCCUGCCACACAUUCACAACCACCUGGACGGGCAUGCUGUCGCAGUUACUGACACCCAUGUGUAUGUGGCAGGGUCCAUGGAACCUGGAUUUGGUAAGACUGUAGAGCGUUAUGAUCCGAGCCUCAACAUCUGGGAGCAGGUCAGCAACCUCACCACCCACAAGCACUCUUUUGGCCUUGUAAGUAUCAAAAACACUCUCUACAGCUUUGGUGGCCAUGGCAACUUCAGUCCAAGCUUCAAGGAUGUCAGCAUGUAUGAGCCUGAGCAGGACAAGUGGCACAACCUGGAGUCAGCACCUAAGAUCCUACGAGAUGUGAAGGUAGUGAGUGUGGAGGACCGCUUUGUGUAUGUGGUGGCUCAGACACCGGUUGACAAGGACAGCAAGGAUGGGCUGAAGACCGUGAUCACACGUUAUGACACAGAGAGCUGCCAGUGGCAAGAGGUGGACUCUCUGCCCUUCUUGGACAACUACUGUGCCUUUCAGAUGGCAGUAGCACCCACCAAUUUCUACCAUACAGCUUCCUGCUGCCCCAAGAGCUACAAUGUACCGGACAAGAUAUGUCAGCAGAAAAUAAGCAGUGCCGUCGCAGAUGACAUCCUCGAGAGCCUGCCACCAGAGGUCAUUGGCAUUGAGGGUGCUGCAGUGUGUUUCCUGGCUGACAAUGUCUUCAUCAUCGGUGGGUGGAAGAACAGCGAUGAAGUGGACAAGCGAUACCGCAGGGAUGCCUACUACUACUCUGCAGAGAAAAAGCGCUGGAUGCUGCUGCCACCCAUGCCCCAGCCACGCUGUCGAGCCACCGCCUGCCAUGUGCGCAUCCCUUACCGGUUCCUCUAUGGCUGCCAGCACUACCCCGUGCCCCAGAACCCAGCAUGCCAGCAGGAUUGCAUGCAGCAGCUCCACCGGCACACCCUCAUCCUGCACAGACAGCUGCAGUCUCAGACUGAAUGUUGAUAUUUGUCUCAUUGGUCUGUGGGAAAAUAUUUUUACAUAUUGUUCCUUUUCCUAAAUUAACACUUAAUUCACUAAUUGGUGGCUUUUGACAUUUAAUACUUUAUCAUACAUUUUGUGAAGUGACAAUGAUGUAUGGAUUGAGGAAUCAGUCUUGCAGAAUAAAUGUUUGCAAAUAUUAGAAUGUUUAAGACUUUGUAAUGAAGCACAAGAAGAAAUAGUCGGACAUUGUGCUUAGUUUUAUGCAGCCUCAUCUUAAUCAUUUUGGCUUUACAAAACAAGCGUAUGCCUUAAUGUACUUUUAUUCUUUGUAAAUUUGAUGGGUGUCUCAGAUAUUUAAAAAAUAUUAAAUUCGUGACAUUUUAUCACAGGAAAGCUUUGCUUUACACAGUUGUUUGUGUACUGAGGUAAAAUGUACCUGAAUGUAUCUGCAUUGGACAAUUUAGAGAAAUAAGAUCAUCUUAAUUUAGCCAAGCACUAUAUCGCUAUUGUUCCGUUAGGCCUCUGGUGUUGUGAGCUUAUCCGCACACGUAAUGUGAACAAUGUUAAUGUGCGAGUGAAAACAAGUGAAUCAGUUGCUAGUGGUGGCUUGGAGAUUGUUCCAAAGUCCUCCUGCAAAGUCAGGAAUGCACAGUUUUUGACAUUAGCAUAGCUGCAUUUGUGUUCUACUCAUUAGCUCUAGUAUAACCAUGCAACCUUUUAGAUUUGGAUGUGAGUACUAUUUUUUAUUGUUUGGUUUAGAUUUGAUAUCAGCCCAGUUGGGACGCUGAUUUGUUUUUGCAAGUAGGAUGUGUCCUGAUUUCAUGCUGCUCUUUGAAAAUGAGAAGAGGCUAGG